AUGAAGGCCCCCUCCUUAGUCCUUCACACAGUAACAGUUCACGGUCGACGCAUCACGCACGCACCUGCUGGCUACUUCUUCAGUUCUUCCCUGCGUGCGGCUGCCUCCUUCUUCUUCUUUGGCCGUCGGCCCUGCUGGGCGUUGGCUGUGGCUGCUUCUUCCCUGCGUGCGGUGCAGCGUGCGACUACAGGCUACUGCAGACAAUGUGGGAGUGAUGCUUUUGUAACAGAUGGCUUUAAUAGUUGGAAUAAAACGGAGAGACUUGGUCUUCAUGUUGGCGACAUUAAUAGUUUUCACAAUAGAGCACUUAAGAAAGGUGGGGAUCUAAUGAGCCAAGAUCGAUCUAUUGUUGUUGCCUUUCAUAAGCAAACUGAGAAGGAGAAGAAUGAGCACCGAAUACGAUUAAAUGCUUCAAUUGAGGCUUGUAGAUUCUUGUUGAAGAAUGCAUUGCCUUUUCGUGGUCACGAUGAAUCUGAAAUAUCUAUUUCUAAAGACAUGUUCUUAGAAACAUUAGUCUUAAUUGGUGAUUGCAAUGAGGAUGUAAGAGCGCAAGGUUAUGACGGAGCAAGCAAUAUGUGUGUUGUUGUGGCGGUUGCAAAUAAACAUGACGAAGUUGAGAACUUUUUUAAUAUGUUAGGAAUGGUGAUCAAUGUGGUGAAUGCUUCUUGCAAGCGUAAAGACAUGCUUCGACAAAGUUACAAAGAUAGAGUACAAGAAGCAAUUGGUAAGUGUGAAAUUGAUAUUGGAACAAGGAAAUACCAAGAGCUUUCUCUUAUACGAACCAAAGAUACACGGUGGGGUUCUCAUUACAAAGCCAUUUUGAGCUUUAUUGCUUUGUUUCCAAAUGUUGUUGAAGUGCUCCAAUAUGUUGAAGAGGACGGGGAUAAUGGUUUUAGUCGCACUCAAACAACUGGUAUUUUAGCAUAUUUGAAGACAUUUGAUUUCGUGAUUUAUUUGUGUGAUAACUGGAUUCUGGUUAUCACCCGAGGUAUUUAA